GGGAUUCUUAAGGCUACAGAGCACCUGGAUUCCUCAAGAUUAGGACCUGGCAGGCAUGCUUCAGAGUUCCUGAUCACUACAUUGUCCAAAAACUUGUUUUUCUUCUCUGAUUUGUGUUUCGCAACUGAGCAAGGUGGGAGAAGGGGGAACGCAGGCAGGAUGAGUAGCAGCGGGCUUAUUUUAAGCACCCCAAUUUCAGACGAAAGUACAGCCUUUACUCAGCUAAAGCCCGUCACGAUGUCCAGGGAGCCUUCGGAAGACACGGCUGUCUUUGAAGACAUCAAACCGCCGAUAAGGAUCCUAGAGACUCCACAGGAUUUGGCUCAGGCCCGCUCCGAAAUGGACAAGUACCUUUCUGGCCAAGUGUCCGCAGUUCCUAAGGUGCAGGACAAGAAGUAUCGUCGGGAGAGCGCCUCGGUGGUAGACGAGUAUUUCUCCACAGAGAAGCCUUCUUCUGCACCCUACAGCGUGAAUAUAAACGUGAUCCUACCAGACACCACCCACCUGCGCACGGGGCUCUACCGGCCCCCCAAGCCCCUCGUGCCCUUUCCCCAGAUCAAAAUGGAACCUGGAACCUCCUUUGCCCAACCCUGCUCAUCCCCUGCCGGGGCAACCCAGACUCUGCCCGACUUCACCAGCGUCUUCAGCAUGCCGCAGUCAGUGGCAGCCAGCAAUAUCUUUGUAAAGCAAGAGAUGCCCUCAGAAAUCCCUCUUUCCUCUGGUCCACAGCCGAGCCUGGUUUACCAGUUGCCAGUCAGCAGCAGCAGUGGGCAGAUGGCCACGAUGGCCCAUUCCACGUGUGGCACCACAGCCAUCAGCACCAUCAACGGCGUCGCUAUGUCCACUGGCAGCUCCAUGCUGGACUCCAGACCCCUUUCUCGGCCCAUCCAGCCCAGAGGGCAAGUCAAGCCGUUCCAAGUGGCUUCCGAAGGGCAUGGUGGUUUCAACAUGCCAGGGGAAUUCUACCCUGUACCGGGAGUGAAUCUGCCCCCUUCGCCUCCCAACUCACAGCCCGGCAGCCCUGAGAACCAACCAGAGCUCAUCAACACCAUCUCUCCUCCACCGCCAUACGAAGCCACCUUUGGACUGAAAGUGCCAGUGACAGCACAGGUCCCCUCACUUCCAAACGGCCUCGGGACCCUCUCCCAGGGGCACAUCAUCCUACAGACACCCAAAUACAACAGGAGGAACAACCCGGAGCUGGAGAAGAGGAGGAUCCACCACUGUGAUUAUCCUGGUUGCACAAAGGUUUACACCAAAAGUUCUCACCUGAAGGCACAUCAGAGAACUCACACUGGUGAGAAACCCUACAAGUGUGCGUGGGACGGCUGUGACUGGCGCUUUGCCCGUUCGGAUGAGCUGACUCGGCACUACCGCAAGCACACGGGGGCCAAGCCUUUCAAGUGCCUGGCUUGUGGGCGCUGCUUCUCCAGGUCCGACCACCUGGCUCUGCACAUGAAGAGGCACCAGAACUAAAGACGGGAGCUUCUGCGCCCCCAUGAGGGCGCUCCCCCUCACUCUGUACAUAGGAACUGAACUGCACUGUGAUCAAAGGCCACCCUACCGGCUCCUGACCUUGCUUCACUGAUGCCACAAAUUGCUCUUGACCUUAUUGCUCUGAAAGAAAAAUUAAACCAUGGGCGGGAAAGAUCCAUCUUCCCUCACCAGGAAGUGUGCCUUGCAUUCCAGGAAACAUGCUAUUUAUUUCGGCUUCUCUAAAAUGUUUGCAGGGGCUCCUUGGAGGAAACCAGGCUCAGGACUGCAGGGUGCAGCAGCUGGGAUGAUUGGCCACUGCCUGCACUUGGCUUUUGGGGCUGCUUUGUGGUUUCAAGAAUCCCAUGGAACUUUAAUGAGCCGCUUGGAACCUCAAGUUGGUGCCAGUAAAAUUAUGGGCAGAACCCCAGUCCUGGGGCGGAGUGAGAGGAGCCCAUGACCCAUUUUGCCCCUGUUGAAACUUUCCUCAUUGAUGAAAAGUGGGUCCAUCCAAACCUUGUACUCUAAUCUCUUCAAGAGAACCAGUUUAGACUGCAGACAACAAAGUGAAGUGGGUGCCACAGAAUGCCCGAGUCCACUCCAUUGUGCCACGUAUUGGUCUCUGAGAAUGCACUGCAAAUCUGCCCUCUGGACAAAAGCAGAAGAAAUGGAUUCUUCUGUCGCAUCAUCAAUUUCUUCUUCUACUGCUCCUUCUUUUUUUCUUGUGGCCAGAUGUGGAUUUUGCCAAAUGUUGAAAGCAGCCAUGGAAACAAUUUCCAGCCAGUCCCAAGAGAUGGACUGCAUUCCCCCUACCUCACCAGUCCAUGGUCUUGGAGGAUCUCCUGCCGGCCUCGCUGAGGCAGCCACAGAACAUAGCAGGUCAUGCAUCCUAAGGCGUAAGGAGAAUUUGAUGCAGACGGAAAUGGCAAGUUGAGUAUCAGCAAGGAUGUCCGUAAAUAAAAUCAAGAACAGCAACUCCCUGAGUCAGAUGUCUUUGUGGAAUUCCACUCUAGGAUCCUCUAGCUGAGCUGACCCACCUGGAUCAAGUGAUGGUGGCUGUGGGGUUGCCCACCCCACCCCCAUGUUAGUUUGUAGAAGCAGACUCUUGCUUUGCCGUGGAUUAUAUGCGGAGAAGGACUACUACCUGGACAAUCUCUUGUGGCAUGUGCCUCCGCCGCUCCCCACCCGCUGCCACCUUUUUUUAAUGCUUUGAUUUUGAUUCUGACAAAGGGCAGCCACCCCAGCUCUGCCUCGAUAUCAGCCAGCAAAGAUGGUCAUGUCUGUAGCCAAAACAAAGGUGGGUGCAAUGCCAAGGGUGGUAUGUGCACGUUUUGCUCUGUGUUGCCCAUCAGGGCUUGUGUGCUUCCAUAAUACAAUUCCCCUCACUCCGACUGCAUGAAGCUAAGGAGCUCCUUUGGAUGGGAUUAGUUUAAACACCUUGAGCCACCCUCGUAUCCGUCAAGGCAGCACUGCAUGAGAAUUUGACCCUGCACGGCAUGGCAUUGAGAUGGGGAAGAACUUUGAUGCAGUUUGCAUUUAAAGGGGGACUUACCUAAUUUGCACUUUCCGAAACAGUACACCAACUGAAACGCAGCCAUUAUUUUCAAAAUUCACACUUCCCUGAAUUUUGCAACACAGAUCUCCAAUUGAGUAAUGUGUACAAGAAUGCACAGGAUAAGGUGCGCAUAAAAAUGCAUAUAAAUGUGAAAAUAACAUACAAAAAUGCAGUAGAUUAGAGGAUUUUGUUUUGAACCAAAAUGUAUACUAGGCAAAACAAUUGUAUACAAAAAUGGGUAUAUUAACAGAAAAUGCUGAUGAAUUUUCAUAAGGACUUUUUCUUUUUUUUUAAAUUGCAAACCAAUGUGGAAUGUGGAGAACUGAACUUAAGACUGGAAAGGGACAGUUUCUCCCAUCCCCUGUACAUGGGCAGGUAUAUUUGGUGCCCAUGUCUUCUUCUGCCUCUCCUCUCCAGCACCAGAUUGCAGAGGAAAGUGGGUGCCGAGUGCAUUCCCCAAGCGAUGGUGGUCUGCUCCCUUCGAGGGCCUUGAUUUGCUUUGUACAUGUGUAAAAUGUGGGUCCAGUGUUGGAACAGUACAAGGAGCUAUGUCUCUGUGUCAUUGUCUGUUCAUGCCUGCCAAAACCUGUGAGUGCCUCCCUUCUCUCCUGAUGUCCCCUUCCUACAAAUGAAGCAAAAUCUCAGGACGUUCUAACAGCUCGAUUUACUACCAAAUGUUCAGAUUUAUACUGUUCUGGAUGGGAGGGUUUGUUCGUUAUUCCAGUGAUAGAUCCUCUUGGAUUUCAGGGUUUUAGAGGAGAGGGAGAAAGGGUGUGAAAUAUCAAUGACAGGUUAAAGCUUGACAUGACUGCCUCUGAAGUGCUUACAUUGGGAUGGCUUGUGCCCCAGAUUCAAAGCCUUCUGGAUACAUUCUACACCUCAUUGGUUUCAGUGGGAGUUCAGCAGCUGUUGAAUUUCCCAGUUGAAAUCAAUGAGGCUUAAAAGUGUUCAUCAGAUCUUGCCUGUUUUAAGUAUCAGGUUUUAAGUAUCCCUCAAAAGCUGAAGAAUUUAGCAAACUGAACUUCACAUUUUCACCAGGUUCUGACUUGAUACAAAAGAAUUGGUUCUCCUCUUUCUGCUCUUGUUUUCCGCUGCCUUCUCUACGUAAGCUCGGAAAGCUUUCAUCCUUCCCGGUCGCCUUGUCCUUGUUUUGGGCGCACACACCCCUUUUAGUGUGCUUUCACCGGACACCUUGAAUAGUGAUAGCUGCAUGGGGUGUGUGUGGGACGAGCCAUGCAUCUUGGUCCGGAAGGUGGGUGUGGGAGGGGGACUUGUGUUGGAAGGUCUCUUUUGAUCUUUCCUGCCCCACCCCACACCCCACAAAUCCUGGUAGGUACUUGCCUCUCCAACUAGUUUCUAGCCAUCCCUGUUCCUUCUCCAAGGCUAGGUGGAAAAGAACAAAGUCAGAACUUCCUGAGUGACCCCCCCCUCCACAUGAUUGGCUUGGGUUCAGGUGAUGCAGCACUGCACAGCUCAGGGGUGUCACGCCAUUCUUCUCUGACACCAGCACAGAGAGAGAGAGAGAGAGAGAUUCUGCCAGAUUCAGCUAGCAAAACAGGUCAUAUGUUAAUGUGCAGUAAUCCCAUGGAAAGGAGCUGUCUGGAAAACAUCACCUGAAUGAGACUGGGGUCUCCCAGCAUGGCUCUGUGUAUGUGUGUCUUCGUCUUCCUAGAGUCAUCUGAGCAGCUUCACGGCUGGUGUAUCCUGAACGUAUCCUGAGUCAGACCAUUGGUCUCUCCAGCCCACUGGCAGGAGCUCUCCAGGAGCUCAGAAAAGGGGGUUCCUCCCUCCCCAGCCCUGCCUGGAGAGGAUGGUGAAGAUUCUGUCCUGUUACAGAAUUUGCAUUUUCUCUGUGCAGCGUUUCAGAUUAUUACCCCUGACAUGCACUACAUGUUCAUAGGCAGCAUGUCUCUGAAUACAUGAUGCUGGGAAGGGAGACUACAGGGAGAGGCUGUUGCCUUCACUUCCUGCUUGGAACUGUAGGAUUGCUGGACACCACUUUGGGAAAUGGACACUGGACAGUGAGUGACUGCAUGGACCUUUUGUCCAAUCCAGCAGGCAGGCCCUUCUGCAACCCCUUCUCUCUCUUUUUCCCAAGUCAGGAGCACAGACUCUCCAUCAGUAAGGGCUGGUGCUGCCAUCAACAGCUCUCCAAAGUUGUUAUCAAUGCCUUUUUUGUCCAGGCAGCCAGUCAGGGGAAACUGUUGGAAGUGCAUCCUGUAACUCUUCCCCAGUUUGUAGAGAACAAAACCGAGGGCUAAAUGUCUUCUGUGGCUUCUUUGCCUCCCCCCCCCCAUCCCAAAGAAAGUUCAGGUUAUCUCUGUAUAUAGGAAGGAUUGCUGUACAGAAUUUUAUAUGCGCAAACAUUAAAAGUUGUUUUCCUUUUUAAAAAUGUGUAUGUGUGUGUGUGUGCGCGCGCGCGUGCGUGCAUGUAACAUGAACACAAAAAUGGGACCUAGAGAAUGGCAGUGGGUGGGAAGUUUAAAUGUGCUUCUUUUAAUAUAUAUGUAUAUAAUUUACCUGAUGUUUUGUAAGAAAAUCAUGUUGAUGACAAGGGGGCAAUUUUAAUCCUUCCAAGGUCCUAAACUGAGCCUAUUCUCUCCACACACAUCCCAAAUCACAGACCCUCUGCAAUGCCUUAAUAUAUCCAGAACCUCUUCUGACAAACGGGUAAAAUGUUCUCUUAUCUUGGCCUAGUAUAGGUUACUACCAGCUUGUAACUUUCACAGAACUCGCCAGGCAGAAUGGGAAAUGGAAGUCUCCCACACACACACUUGCGUCCGGUGAAGAGGUCUGUGAAAUUCAGAAACUGUCCCCAACAUACAUGCCCCCUUCUUCAUUCCAGCCUCCCUGCUAAGCUAGAUUACCUGAGGUUCCUGGGCAGGGGGAAACCCUCCCAUCCCCCACUGCAUGGGGAGGGAGGGGGAGAGUCUGGAAGAAUUCAUCUCCCCUCCUUGUCAUAACAAAAUGAAUAAAUAAAAAGUAAAGUGAAAAUGGCUAUUUGCCUUGGCUUCUCGGUCCUUGCAGGAGUAAAACUCCACAUGUACAUUUUUGUUUUUUGAAUAUCUUUUAAAUGAAAUAAACUGAUGCGUAU